GGCAGCUUUAGUGGCGCCAGGCGCUGUUCACCGCCCGGUCGGUUAAAAGGCGGCAGGGCCCGGCGCCAGUGGACCUGGCAGAUUCCAAAAUUUUUUGAGCAAAAGUUCAUCCCACCUACGACAUCACGACACGGCAAACCUCACAAUUGCUACCUACGUUAUAAACCACCAGUAGCUAAAAUGUCGGAUCCUACGUCAGUCAAGAAGCGCAAGAGGGCCGCUGAGGGCUCCUCAAAGUCCAAAAAGGUCGCUGCGACCGUUAUUAGCAAGCUGGUUGAAGCUCAGGCCUAUCCGCCCGUUGUUGCGAUUGCCCCUGGCAUCCAAAUCCCUGAUAGUGUCACAUACAACUCAUACGAAUCCCGGAGCCAGGCUGCGUCGAAAUCCAGCAAGAAGUCCGCUGUCGACCGCGAUCUUAUUCUAUACUCCAAUUCCCACCAGGCCAUGGACUAUACCGCCACGGCAGACCAUUCUGGCCCUGGAUCUAAACCAUUGGUUAACCACUUCAUUGCUAUUCACGACCCGGCUACCGGCAAGACGCAGGUUGUCCAUGCCAAGAAGAUGACGAUUCGCGGUGUCUCUCGCGCUAAGCAAGCUGACGCUUCUGCUCUGGAGGAGAAGGAUACCAAGCAGUCCAUUCUCGAAGCCAGAACCGACCUCGGCGAGACCUUCGGUACGAAAAAGGCCAAGAAGGUCCUCCACGAGCGUGUUCUCAACGCCAUCUCGCCGCAAAAGAAGCCGGGAGAAGCCCCUACAAAGAUCGACGAUGCUGGCCGUGCUAUCUUGUCCAAUGUUGGUGAUGUGGCGAGCACCAUGGCUACUCGCGACCAGCUCCAGGCUGCUGUCGACGAGGCUAAGCCCGUUCCUUACGCCAACCUCGAGGCCGACGAGAUCCAGGACGUCUACGACCCCGAGGUUCUCAUUGGCAGCGAAAUUUUCAACAUGAUCCCCAUUCGCGAGUGGCAAGAGCUGGUUUCGCACAAUGAGCCUGUCAACUCUGGCUCUCGAUUCGUUGCUUUCCGCGUCACAGCAAUUGCUUCCAACGACACUGCUGUGCUGCGCCUGCGCGUUCUCAGAUAUCUUGGAUUUGUUAUCACCUUCUUCAUCAUGUCUAAGACUGCCGCCCACGGCACACGCCGCAUCCCACCACGCGACAAGCUCAAAGAAUUCCUUGCCGGCGCACCGGAAGCUGUCAUUGAGAACAUUCGCCGCAAAUUCUCCGAGAACGGCAUCAUGCGCAAGUUCCACAUCGACCUGCUCAUCACGCACUGCUGCGCGUUUGCCUGUAUUGUCGACAACUUCGAAGUCGACACGGCCAACCUCCGUGACGAUCUCCAGCUUCAGCAGUCCCAGAUGAACCAGUACUUCCACGAGAUUGGCGCCCGGGUGAAGCCUGUCUCUAAUAAGGCCCAAGGCAAGAUGACGCACGUUGCGAAGCUCAUCCUGCCGCUGGACUUCCCUAAGCAGAGACACCUUGCGCCGCGCAGAUAAAAUGCAGGCUGUCCAGCAGCAGCGCUGAUUUUAUGUAGAGAGUUGUACUAGCCACAGGGGACAUAUGGCGCUAUUUAUUCGUAUUUUUGUUUUGGCAUUUGAGCGACCUGAAAAACAGGGCAAGCUACUUGGCGUUUUAGGAUAAUGAAAAUCCAUAUGGCUUUUUUUUUAUGAAU